UACGAUUUAGGACUGAAAAUGGCAAAGCUGUGAGAGAGGAGGAAGCGAUAGUUCAAAUUCGCGUCUAUUCAUAUGGAAGUGUAACUCGAUACAGGAUGGGCAGUUGCUGGUACCUAGAGCAUGUCAGCACCGGCGAUCGCAUCGUCCUGAACAAGGGGGAGAACUUAAUAGGUCGCCACUCCACAUGCAAGAUCACGAUAAAUCAGACCUACGACUUUGUGUCCCGGGUGCAUGUGAAGAUGACCGUGAGCGAUGCUGGCGUCCUCGUACAAUCUAUGAACACCAGCAACGGAGUCUUCAUCAAUGAGCAGAAAAUGAAGGACCAGAAUACACGCACAAAAGUCGUGGCGGGCACCGUCAUCAGUCUGGGAGUGGAAGGGCACAUCACUAAUGUUCCCCGCAACUACCCCAUCUUCGUGCUGCGGAAAGUGGUUCCCACGGCGGAGCAGAUAGUGCUGUCCUCGGACGAUGAUGAUGAUGGUGCCAUUCCCGACUUGACAAUAAUAAAGACGGAUACUACUGACCGGGAGAAUCAUCCCUCCUGUUCCAACUUGCACCUGCCAAAGAUUCCCGAGGUAAAGCAGGAGCUGGUGAGCAAGACCUCCGAGGAGAUUACAAACAUCUUCGGCACAGCGGAUGAAGCUAUUCUAGGCAGCGUUAUGGAUUUGAAUCCAUAUAUUUUUAACCAGUUGAACAAGCAAUCUGGCACUGCAGCUACUAGCGACAAAAUUCACGACGGCGACGUAAUAGAGCUGGAUACGGAUACUGAUAGGGAGAAUAUGCAGCCAGCGUCGCCUCCGAAGCCGCUUGAAACCGUUGAUUACGAGUACGACGAGCAGUUCGCUAUUUCACAAGCUGUACUAGAGGGAAUGAAAGCUGAGAUGGCUUUCGACGUUGGCGAGGAAGACUUUCUGUCGUCCAAUAUCAUGGACGCGGAAACACACUGGUGUUCGCCUUCGGCCCAAAUGUACGAUGAUGACAUUAUAAUUAUAAACGAGAGCGAUGACGAUGAGCUGUAUGACAAAGUGGCAGACUGGUCAAACAAGCUGCUCAGCCAAAAGGGUCCAAAAGACACCGAAAUGUCGCAAGUAUAUCCGCUGAUUCAAGACUCGGGCUCGGAUCAGGAAACCGACUUUGGAAUAAAGAAACGCCAGAAGUCAUUCUGCAUUGAUAGCUCCGGAGAGGACGAAAGCAACGACAUGGAUAUGUACAAUGCGGACAGCAUAACAACAAAUGCUUCGCGUUUCCGCUGUCCUCAGCUCUUUGCUAGUGAGGUAGGCUCCAACGACGAUGCUCAGCUGUUCUCGCGCCGCCAGAGGGUUGUUUCAGAGGUGGAUCAGGAAAACAAGGUUUCAGAAAUUAGCUCUAAACCCAACGCAAUACUAAAAACUUUGAAGAAGCCCCUAACAUCGAAAAGGGACAAAGAAGAGACAAUUAGUGAGAAAAUAGAAGCAUCUAAACGGCUACCCAGUGCACGCCUGCGCAACAGAUCCAAGUCCUUUUAUAUGGAGCGACCGAUAGACAUAGAUGACACCCUUGAUUCUAAAGAUAUCAAUGAAAAGCAGGUAGACAUUAGGUCAAAGCAGGGAAUGAAACCCAUUGAAAAGGUUGAAGAUUGCCGCGAAGAGUUGGUGGUAACUCUGCAUGCUCCUGAGGAACCAAAGAAGAAUAUUUCAAUUAAAAAAACUAAGUUGAACUCAUCUUUCACCCGCCUAAAAUGCAAGACAAUCCAAUCCGGUGAAGAUGGCGAUGGAAAGGCUAAGGAACCUAAAAAAAAUGGAAAAAGGAUAUCUCCAAAAAAACAAGAUCAAGACGAACCUGCUAAGGCUCCUCCAACUCCGUCAAGAAAUCGAAGUGCUCGCUUACUUAACCGAUCGCGUUCCUGCUAUAUGGAGCGGCCAAUCGACAUAAAUGAAUACCUCGGCAGUAAAAAUACAAAUGAAAAUAAAAAACAAAAUGAAACAAGAGAAACUCGGACUAGGAAGCGCCAAAAAUCAAUCGAAAAAGAUUGCGACGCUCCAAAAGAGAAACAGAAGUCACCAUUUAAGAAAUCCGAGGGGAAAAAGACUAAAAAUUCUAAUCAAGAAAUGAAAGACAAAGCUAAGGUUCCCAAGAAUAAUGGAAAUACCGUAACACCAAGAAAAGAAUACACUGUUGAAGACGUGACUCCAGUCAAGAAGGGCCUAAGCCCUCGGUUACUAAACCGAUCAAAUUCAUGUUAUAUAGAUCCCACGGAUAAUUUUACUCAGACUAGGGAGAAUUUGGCGGCCCAUACCGAUCGCGGUCCUUCCAUAAUCGAGGCUCCAUUUAUGUCAAAAAAUCGGUGCAAAGCUAACAAUAAGGAUAAGCAGAAGGUGAUCGAUCGUCAGCGCUUCGUUGAUUACCAAACCGAAAUGAACGCCAAGUGGUACCAGAAACCGAAGGAUACAAAAAAGGACGACGAAGUGAUCAAGGAGAAACGACGAGAGGCGUUGAAGAAGCUCUCUGAUAAACCCAAAGAUGAGGAGAAUAAGCCCUCCACCUCGAUAGCAAGCAAAAGGAAGAACUGCACCAGUGUGCCCACUGUCAGCAACACAAAUCGCGGGGAAUUCCUCACCAAAGGGAUCGAAAGUGGUCCUCCAGCCAAAAUAUCAAAGAAGGCAGCGCCGGCGAAGAAUUCGACUCCUAAGCGACGCUGCACCAUUGACGAUCCGUCGCAGCGGCCCUCUACAGCGGACGAUCUAGCCAAAUAUCCAGAACCUCAUUGCUCCCGUCCGCCAGAACGCAAGGAGGCGCAGCAGGCUAGGAAUCAACGAACUUGUAAUCGCGUUAACUUUGCUGAUAUGGAACGUUACCGCGAAAGAGUCGAAAAAGCAAAGCAAACAGAAAAGAAGCGAAGACACGUUCGUUUCGGUGAUGAAGAGGAAAUUAGAUAUAUCGAUAAGGUCAGUGGAGCCAAUAAGCCGGUGCGGAAAAGCAAGGAUACUUUGAGGAUUUGCCUCAGCACGUAUAUCGAGCGUCGCGACUGGACACUCAAGGGGAAAAAUAUGGUGAAUGACAUCCUCUACCACAAGCGGACUAUCCUCACAUGGGCCAAUCAGUGGCUGAAGCAUGGCACCGUGGACGCUGUAGCCAAAUCGGAUGUUUUGAUGCCCAUUCCCCCCGACUUUAGCGGCUUCCAACAUUACAGGAAAAUUUUCUUGCCGUUGAUGAAACUGGACUUGCUUUCCACCAUCGAAAGACACUACAAGAACUUAGAUACUACGAUUGAUUUCGAAGUGACUGACGUUAAGUCAGAGAAAGAAUACUACCGCAUCUCGGCCAAAACGAACGCCAGACCCAUUGCAAAAUUCGAACUAUACACCCUUUCUAGUGAUACCGAAUUGCCUGAGACCUUUGCCAGUCCUUUGGAAAACACCGUUAAUGGAAGCGUUUGUUUCAUGACAUUCGAGAUUAUGAUGCAAAUAUCCUUCGAGAAGAUGAAAAGCCUUAAAAAGUUGACUGUCCGUCCAGUGGUGGAUAGCCUCCGAGUGGAAUUGGGUGCUCUAAGUGCUAUCCAACAGCUUCACCGAUCGCCUCUCAGCAGGCGGAUUUUGAUGCCCACUGAGGCGGUGAAGACUCUGCCACUACCAAAGGUGGCACAGGCGUUCGCGUACACGGGAUUUACUAAGCUUAACAAGCAUCAGGAGGAUAUUUGCCUGCGAAUCUAUAAGAGAGUGAUGGACAAUGAAAAUCCAAGUGUGACCCUAGUACAGGGUCCUCCUGGCACUGGUAAAUCUAUACUUCUGUCAAAUCUCAGUCUGCAGUGUCUAUAUGGAAAGGCCUCUGUAACGUUGGACCGCAAGUUAUUAAUCUGUGCCCAUUCUAACACGGCCGUGGACCACUUGGUGAAAGCUUUAAGUAAAGCACUUUUUCUUAUGAGCCACGACCACUUCCACCUCUUGCGAUUUGGGAUGACAGAAAAAAUGAGUGAACAUUCGCGCCAGUUCUCCGUUUCUCCACAUUUAAAAAAAGCCAGCUUAAAAAAGCUGAAUCGUCUAACUCCAGAAAACAUUGAUUUCUUGAUGAAGCAGCAACGCGAAUUGAGUGGCGAGAUCCAGCAGCUGAGGCAGAACUCAAAUCUGAUGACCACUUAUCUUCAGCAACAGUUGGAACAGAAGCAGAAGCAGCUUUUGCUGAUCAGCGAGCAACUCAAUCCACCGCUGACGCAACGUGAAGAGUAUGACAUUACCAAGAUGUGUGUCAAGCGGGCCCACAUUGUCUGCACGACGCUCUCAUCGUGUGUUAGGCUGGCCAAUUACGUGGACUUCUUCGACAUCUGCAUCAUCGACGAGGCCACUCAGUGCACGGAGCUCUGGACGCUUCUUCCUAUGAGAUUUGGUAUAAAACACCUCGUCCUGGCAGGAGAUACACAGCAGAAACCGGCGGUGGUGCUGUCCAAGAAGGCCACUGACUUGGGGCUUGGUAACUCCAUGUUCGACAGGAUUCAAAAGAGUCUUAUGAAGCACCUCAAUCUGGAUCAACCGGGAGGCAAUCGGCUUGUGCACACCAAACUUUUUAAGCUAAGCAUGCAGUAUCGUAUGCACCCAGAGAUUUGCAGGUGGCCCAACAAGUACUUCUAUGAGGAUCAACUGGUGAGUGCGGAUAUAACCACAAAGCCCUCGCCGUUAAUACCCUACUGCGUGGUCAAUUUGAGCUAUACUCGGGACACCGGUGGCAGCAGUGAAAAUUGGAGUAUUAGAAACGACGAGGAGGCUCGUUUUGUGUCUCAAUUGCUGGCAGAGAUGGACAAGCACAUGCCCAUCGAGCACUACAGUUACGGCUUGAUAUCGCCGUAUAGUAAUCAGUGCCACGCCCUAAGCCAUGUAAUUCCUCGCCACAUGAACUUGACACCACAGACUGUGGACUCGUACCAGGGAUUGGAGAAGGACGUGAUCAUCAUCUCAAACGCACGGACACGCGCCGGCGGGUUUCUCGCGAACAAUCAGCGACUCAAUGUGGCGCUGACAAGGGCGAAACGAUGCCUGAUUAUAUGUGGCAACUUUUAUAAUCUCCAGUCUGUUGAUAUGUGGCGACAGUUGCUUGACGAUGCCCGCCAGCGUAAAGUUUACUUCGACUUGAAACGCGACGAAGUAAAUGACUUGCAGCGCUCCCUGAUGCAGAAGCUCCUCGUGAAACCAUUGUGAUUGGCGAAAGUUCGUAGCUAAGGAAAAAUAUAUUUCCUUUUUGUAAGUUCUAGAUCUAGGGCAUAUCACCCUUAGUUGCCUUUUUAAACUAAGUUUGUUAUUAUUUAUCUUGCAAUUUAGGUACUUUAUUUAUUGUUCAUACAUCAAUAGUGCCUUAAAGACAUGAAGUUUGUUAUUGGAAAUCUAUCUGCAUGUAUUUGGGCAAAUGAAAUCGUAGAAUAGCGUUUCUAUUUAAGAAAAAUAUGUAUAUACUAAUGUAAAACUUUAAAACAUACUAUGUUUGCAAAACCACCGAUCUUCUACUGAUUUUAAC